GGGGUUCAGAAUAUCAUCCAUCAGUAUAAAAGAGAAAGUAUGUCACUUUGUUUGCAAAGGCGAUGAUGCUGCAGCUGAUCUUUGUUCUCUCCACUCUGAUCUCAGUCACAGGUAAACAAUUCUCUGAACUUCAUCACUAUAGAGGUUAAAAUGUUUGAGAAUGUAUCGCUUUUGAGACUCUCUGUCAAAUAAAGAGUGUAAGUGGUUGUAGCAAGUGUGCAUUGUCUGAUGACCUGAAUAGAAUUUGUGCUGAACCAUAUUAUUUUGAAGUGUACAACAUAUUUUAAGACGUGUAGAUCUCUGUUAAUGUCACUGGUGAGCUGAAUAAGUAAGUUAAAAGGAGGUUUAAUCCUCCAUACAUAUAAAACGCAUAAUUUACACAUCAAAUUCAUUAAAAUGUGCAGAAGUAGAGGAUGUGUUCAGUCACUGUGUUCUCUGUAGAGGAUGUGUAACUUAUUUACAUUAAAAAAUUAACAAAAUGUAUCAUUUGAUGAAGGAUGCACACACAUUUGCAUAUGACUGCAUAUUAAAUAACAAAAACAAAAGUGUCUGAAUGCUUGUUUGUCUGCAGUUUGUAUUAACAGACAGUAUAACGGUCUUACUAGUCAUUAACAUGCCACACAGUGACAGAUCAUGAUAAAGAAAUCACAGUGUAACAAAAUAUCUUUAUGGUUUAAUAUUUUCUCAUUUUUUCUCUACACAGUGUCCUGUGAUGAGUUCAGAUUGGUUGGUGGUUCUGUUCAACUGGAUACACAGGAACCCUUGCCAGACUUUGAUGACUUAUUCUGGGUGUUUAACAGAACUAACAAUGUUCUAAAAUAUAAUAAGAAAUAUAAAGAUAGUACACUCUAUUCCCAUUACAAAGGCAGAGUGGAGUUCAAUGAGGAAACCUACAGUCUGACACUGAAGGACUUACAGAAGACUGAUAGUGGACCGUAUGAAGCAAAAGCAUCUGGUGAUGAGGUCAGAGUCGUUGCUAAAUACGCGCUGUCUGUGUUGGAUCCAGUGGAGGCUCCAGUCCUGACUCACCAGCUAAGCAGAGACACCUGCCACAUCACUCUCACCUGUAGAGGUCAUGACCUCGCUCUCAGCUCCAGCUGUUACAAAGAAACCUGUGAGGAAAAGGAAGUCACAUCACGUGGACGUGGCACUCUUUCCCUGUCUGUCAGCGGCAGCACUAUCAUCUGUAACCAUAGCAACCCAGUCAGCUGGAAGACGGAUGUUUUGGAGAUGAAGGAAUUGAAACGACUCCGUGCUGAUAAAGGUUCAGUGUCUCCCUCUGCUGGUGUGUCUGUGUGUUUCCUGAAGACUGUGCUGUAUUCCAUCAUUCUGACCCUCAUGCUGUCUGCAGUCAUCAUAGUUACAUAAUACUCUAUUCAGUAAUCCCUGAUUAUAAAUCUAUCACAUGGGACAAACAGCAGGUGCUGCUAUACAUUCAAUUAAAUAUAGCGACUAUUCUGUAAUCUCUGAUUAUAAUCUGCUGUAUAGCUGUAUCUAACAGGAUGUUAUCACUUGAAUGCACUACAAUAUUGUUUGUUGUUUUUCAUAAAUGUUUUAUUAGAUGUAUUUAAAUGCAUUUGUAAUUACUAUUUAUGCAUAUGUUCACAAAUAUUGCUAAAGAUAAACCUGCUCGUUUCAUGAAGCCGGUUUAAUCAGUCAUACCUCAAAGACAGCACAUUUUAAGUGGAGGUUCUAGUGGACCUUUAAGCUUGAGUAAAUAAGCAACAUAAGACUGAAAUUGAAACUCAAGGCUAAAUUGGAACUUAAACUGAAGAAAAAACUUGAAGUAAAGAUUUCUGCAGUAGCUACCUCAAAGCUGCAUUUAGAUUUAUAUUUUUUA